GAGGGAGGGAGGGCGGUGAGGCCUCAGCGGGAACCUCGGGUUGAUUUCGUGGCCUGGAGUCCAACCGCCGGACACGGGCUCGGUGGGCGGCGCGGCACCGACAGCGACGCCGAGAACCAGAUGAAUGAAGCAUUGGUACCCAACUGCAGUAUGGGUGGAACUGGAAAAGAUGGACAAUAUUUUGUGGUGCUAAAGGAAUUCUUGGCUGACAAAAAGAAGAUUCCUAAAGGUUCAGUGGUCCGAAAGAUUAAAGAACAUUAUGUGGUUCUGGAUCUAAAUAAGCCACUAAUGAAUCUAUCACAUGAGAAGGCAAAAUAUUUGAAAGAAAUCAGCAAAGAUGAUGCGGAAAUGCUUUUUGAAAUUUCAGAACCUUUUCAACGAUAUGAGCUCUUUCAAAAUGAAAAACUCUUUAAAUCUAUUGCCCGAAUAAAAAUUCAUGACAUAGUUCAAUUAAAACCCCCCAAAGGUCCACUCAUGGGAAUUGUGAAAAAUGUUAAAGGUUCUGAAAAAUCACAUGAACUGCUGACUGGAUUGCUUUUUGAAGUGGAGAUCCUGCCUGAAGACCGUAAAACAAGGCAAAAGGGUAAAGUCAUCAAUGUUGAUGCGGGAGAUAUUCUAAUUGCACAUAAUGCUGAUGAAGGAGAAUCAGAAAGUAUGAAUGAAAAUUAUACCAAACUACACUGUGAUGGGAAAUCAGGUCCAUUUCUUACUGAGAAUGAGGAACUUGAUCUAGAAGUUGGCUCGAUGGUGCAAGUAAAAUGGUUGAAUGGUGCUACAGUCUAUGGCGUUAUUAGAUGGAUUGGGGUUCCCAAAGGUUUGAAAUGUGAUUUUGCGGGAAUUGAAAUGGACUAUGGAUUAAACGAAGGUACUGAUGGAACUCUUCAUAAAGAGCGUUACUUUAGUUGUGAUCAAUACAAAGCCAUUUUUGUGGAGCUAACCAACUGUAAACCCGAUGCGCGCUUUUUAACCAGGACACCAACCAAAAAGCCAACCACUCCGCAACACGUACCACCAGAAGCUAGGAUAUUUGGUGAAGAAAUGACCAUAAAUGAGGAUGUCCCACCAGUCCGAGAAGACGAAGCACUACGUCUGAUGAAAGGGAGAAUGAAGGGGAUUCAGGGGCAUUAUAACUCUUGUUAUUUGGACGCCACAAUUUUCAGCUUGUUCACAUUCACGCCAGUGUUGGAUAGCAUACUUCAUAUGCCCCUAAAACAAGAACAUGAGGUGAACAUUCAGCGUACACUGAGGGAAGGCAUAAUUAACCCAUUGCGAAAGACUGGAGUUGUGAAUUCAGACAAAGUGAUGAAGCUGAGAAUGUUGCUAGGAAAUCAUACAUUCACUUCAGACGAGAAAGAUCCAGAAGAAUUUAUCAGUGUCCUACUGCAUGAAAUUCUGGCAAUUGAUCCAUUGCUAAAAAUAAGGUCAGACCAGAAGGUUCAGGAGAGCAACUGCUAUCAGAUAAUCCUAGAGAAAGAUGAAGAAUUGAAAGUACCAUCAGUACAGCUGCUGUUGGAGCGGUCUUUCAUCUCUUGUGGCUUGAAGUUUGAAGAAAUCCCAUCAUGUCUUUUAAUUCAGAUGCCAAGAUUUGGGAAGGAAUUCAAAAUGUUCCCCAAAAUCAGGCCAUCCCUGGAGCUAGAUAUCACUGAUUUGCUUUCAAACACCCUGAGACAUUGUUUCAUUUGUGGAGGAUUAGCAGAAUAUGAAUGUGAUCAAUGCCUUCUGGACCCUAUUUUUAAACAAGGACUAAUAAAACAGUACUGCAACAUUUGCAAUAUGCAGGUUCAUUCUCACAUAAAGCGGAAGGAGCACCAGAUCAGAAAGUUCCCAAGUCCAAAUAACUUCUCGGUCAAGCCUCCUUUUCCACGACACAAGAUGGAACUGUUUGCAGUACUUUGCAUCGAAACCAGCCACUAUGUUUCAUUUGUGAAAUAUGGGCCAGGGAAACGAUCGUGGGUUUUCUUUGACAGCAUGGCCGACCGAAUUGAUAAUGAGAAUAUUCCAGAAAUAACAGAUUGUCCACAAGUCGGUGAUUAUUUAAUGAUACCAGAGGACGAGCUGCUUCAUACAGACCUAAAGCAGCUUGAUGGAUUGGCCAAAAGACUCUUCUGCGAUGCCUAUAUGUGCAUGUAUCAGAGCCCCAAGAUGUGCUUGUAUAACUAAUGUGCAACAGAAACUAACCUGAUGGUAAACCAGCAGCUUAUAAGAAGUAAAUGGCAAUGUGUUUUCAGAGUUUUAUAUUUUUGUGGAGCGUUGCAUUUAAAGAAAAAUUACACAGGAGUUCAAAGCUAUAUAGCCUUUCAGUUUUCACUUGAAAAUGAAAUUCAUGGUUUUCACUAAAUGUGUAGAAAAUAGAAUGUAAUGUGCAAACAUUAGAAUGUGCAGCAUAAUUCUGCCAUGUUCAAUACGCAAAAGCAGAUGCACUUAGCCAUGGCAGUGUUGACUGUUUAAGCAACAGAACGACUUGGGUAACCGCUCAACUAUAUUUGGAAAGCUAUAUUCUGUCAGAAGUGCAGUAAUUUGAGUUGAACUAUACAUAAAUAUUAUAAUUACACCUACACAGGCACGUGUUUGUUUGUGUGCACUCAAUGUACUAUUGUCACAUUCCCAUAAAUGUACUUUUACUAGGAAUAAUAGAUGUAAGUUGGACUAUGGAAUUUGGCACCAACUAAAAUAUUAAUGAAAACUAACCUUAACCUGACUUGCUGUAAAUCAGCAAAUUAAUUUAAUCACUUAAAUAAUGCUUUAUAUUAAUUAAAUUAAUAAGGUUAAAUAUGGUUUGUGGUAGUUCAGGUUUGAUGUUCAUGGUUCCUUUGCGGUGAACCAUCUUAUUGCACUUUCAUCAAUCGUAAGUUCUACAAGACAGGUUUAUGUUGUAAGAGUAUAAAGGAAAUUAAUGUUAUAUCAGCAGUUCUUAAGCAAAAACAAUGUGUGUGUGUACUUUUACCUAAUUUGUAAAUUAUAUUAUUGAAUUUAUAUUACUUAUGCUACACAAACUAUUGCACUAAGGUUUGUAUUAUUUCAUGUUAUUUCAUAUUUCAUUCAGGCAGAUUUGCAUUUCUGAUUAGCUGCUGGACAGCUUGUUCAUGCUUUUGCCUUCAGAUUGAUUGCUUGUAAAAAAAAAAAAAAUCAUGUCCUCCUGGGUAAGAUUCCAAUAAUUAUACUGUGCUAUUUGAAAUGUAAAUUCUUUUAUAAAAAUAUAAUCUGGGUAUAAAAUGACACUUGCUUUAUUCAAGUGAUACAACAGCCUUUGUAGAUUAUCUUUGCACGCUGUAAUUCGUCACGUUUGGUAGUAUUUCAAGGCAGGUGGAUUCCAGAUGUCUUGUACAACUCAGAGCAAUGUAUUCUUAAGGAUCAGCAAAAUAUUUUCUGAUACUUACACCUGGAUUAUUGAGCACUCUGCCUAAUACAUUGAUAUAGUGGGAGUUGGGGGUUGAGAAUGUAAGCAACAAAUUGAAACUUCCCUUAUUGUUUUUGUAAUGCAUAAUGGUGGGGGUAUGAGUUACUGAGCGAAAAUGAAACACUUUACGGGCUUGUUGCUUUUCUUUAGAGGAAUUUAAUUGUCACUUGGUCUUUUUAAGAUGCUGUUUUCUUCCGCUAAAGCAAUUACAAUUGUGUAUAUAAAUACUGUUAUCCUGUAAUUUUACAGUGAGAUUUUAUUUUGGUGAUACAUAUGUACAUAUGGUGUAUCUUGAUCUUUAUAUUCUAGAUUAUACUUGUAUUAAAAUGCUUUACCCAGA